AUGGCUCAGCUGCCAGCGAAGUUCCCAUGCUGGUGCCGAGCAGUAUACUCUUGGGGCGGAGAGACAAACCGAGAUUUGGGAUUUGUAGAGGGAGAUCUGAUCGAAUGUUUGAAUGCCGGGGAUGGACAAUGGUGGAUGGGUCGGUUGCGCCGAGACAGGCGCGCAGUGGGACUGUUCCCAUCCAACUUUGUUGAGCUUCUGAGUGAAGACUUUGUACCUGUGAGCCGGGAUACCAGUCCUAUGGUUCUAGCGGGAUCCUCGCCGGUCAACAAUCCUACAUUUGCACCCAAGAAGCAGAAAACCGUGUGGCGCAAGCCUUUCCAGGCGCACAAGGAAGCUGUAUCACCAUCUGCCAAACUAGCUACUGGCCCACUUGGAUCUAGCCCAGCACCUUCGAUCCCUCAAACUCCACCUCGAGAUGGCAGUGUUCCACGCAGCACAAAGCCAUUGCGCACCCACGCGUCGGCGGUCAAGAACCAGGGCUCAGUAUCCCGUCCCACAUCGUCUGCAUCGCGACCAUCAUCGCGCGGCGCAUCGCCACGCUCCUCGGUGGAGCCAGAGCGCUCACCAUCUGCUAUCAUGCCACGAGGAAGUGUUUCAUCCUCUCGGCCUUCGUCCCGUGAACCAUCGCCAUUCCAAGUACAGGAACGCCCGUCAUCGAUGAUGCCGAAGAGCAGUGUCUCAUCUUCUCGCCCUGUAAUGUCUCGGGAACCAUCUCCAUUACCGGCGCAGGACUACUCAUCAGCAAUUGUGCCUCGUGGCAGUAUCUCAUCCUACCGACAUUCAUCGCGAGAGCCAUCUCCAUUACAACAACAUGAAUACUCAUCUUCGAUAGUUCCUCAAGGCAGCAUGUCUUCUUACCGACAUGCGUCCCGCGAGCCGUCUCCCUUGCAAAUACAAGAACAUGCAUCCGCAAUGGUACCAUAUGGCAGUGCUUCAUCAUACCAUCAUGCAUCUCGCGAACCAUCCCCCUUACAGAUGCAAGAGUACUCGACUGCAAUGGUUCCACAGGGCAGCAUGUCAUCUUACCGGCAUUCAUCCCGUGCGCCAUCUCCGUUACAGAUGCAAGAGGAUCGAGAAGACUCACCUCCUCCUCCACCUCCCCCGCCGCACCGUGUUGCGAUCAGUCGCGCGGCAUCCAAUUCUCCACAGCCGUCAAUGCAUCCGGACCAGUAUCGAGCCCAGUCGCCCCAGCCACCCAUGCACGCUCAACAGUAUCGUGCUCAUUCUCCUCAGCCACCGAUACAUUCUGAUCAGUACCGGGCGCGUUCUCCUCAGCCACCAAUGCAUGCAUCGCAGCACCGCGCGCAUUCUCCUCAACCGCCAUCCCACGCUCCUCGCCCUUCACGUUCUCCUGCACCUCUGGAUAUGAACGAUCGUUAUGUAAUAUUCAAUCGUACUCCAUCUCCAUCGGCAGCUUCCGCCCACUCCGCAAUGUCGGAACAUUCAGCACAGUCCGAUUUGCAUGGAAACACACCAUCCCCAUUACGGGAUGCCAUGGAAGAUGUCAUGACUUCAUUGGAAGAUAUGGGCCUACCCCGCGACGCUGCAUCGCCUUCUCCAACACCAACAUUUAAUGACCCAUGGGCACCAGAAAACUUCGAUACGUCAAAUGAAAGGACCCCACAAGGCAACAAACGUCGUCCAUUGACAUCAAUGGGCUUUGAUGGAGACAAAGAUCAACAUCAAGGGGGCCUCGUUCAUAGAAACAGCGUCUACGGCAAUGACCAUUAUAUGGAUGGUCCUCCGCAGUUGAACAAUUAUGUCCAAAGAAUGGAGAGCCGUCUUCGCCAACUGGAGGACCAGAACCGACAGCCCGAGGAUGAUAAGAGUACUGCUGGGGUUGAUGACGGACCCCCUCCACCGCCUCCAAAGCAUGCUACCUAUCAUCCACGUAACAAUUCAAUUGCAGGACAGUUCCCUCACCUCAAGUCUCGCAGGUCUGGCCAAGAUCUCCGGGGAGACAUCCUUAACAGAUCAUUCACGAACAAGUCUAGCGCGACCAAUUCUUCCAGCGGCAAUCAGAGCAAUGGCACAUCGAUGACCAAUAGUACGGACAAGACCAGCCAAAGCCUCAUGAGCGGAUUCUCUGCAGGGGGCUUCAGUGCCACGAGUGCGGGUAGUUUUGCCAGACGAGGCGGCCACGAACGGCCAAACACCGCGAUGGACACUGUGCGCUCUCGUGGUUUCAGCGAUGCCCGUCCAGAGACCCCUUUCACCGGUGUAUCCUAUCACUCUAGCCAUAACUCAUCUCGACAGGGUGCAUCCUCUGCUAUUCCUUGGUCAUCAACUGGUCUCGACACAACUGAUCACAGCGGGGUGUUUGGUGGACUCUCAACACCAAAGACGAAAAAGCAAGGCUUCUUCAAGAAAAUCUUUGAGACAGCCAAGACCGGUGCUGCCAGUGCAAGGAGCAGCAUUUCUGCCCAUGGCGACAGAUCACAAUCUCAAUCUCCGACCAAAAGCAAUAGAGGAAUUGACGUGGUAUCACCUAUGCUCACAUCCUAUGGAAACCGUGAUAGUGCCCGUGAUAUGGGACUUGGCAGCGCCAGUACCAUUGACUGGGUUCAAGUGCGACGGGAUGUUAACCGAGCAUCCUCUCCCAGCCGCAACGAGAGAGUUGAAAGGGCAGAACGCUGUCAGAUGCACGAUCAUCCUGUGAUCUACGCUGUGGAGGAGCUUUACGAUACCGCAGAGGGAGAUGAGAGCAUUGACGGCCAACCAAUCAGCGAACCUAUCAAUUUCAAUGCGGCAAACCUGAACCUUGUUGACAAAAGUGCAAGGUUUAUCAGUAGUCUUCCGCCAACGACAAAUCCCAUGAGUCUUGCACAAGCCUAUAUUUGUCGACCAUACAAAAGUGACGUUCAACGCCUACGCGCCAUCUUUACCUGGGUCAGCGAGAAGAUUGCUUGGGAGGAACCGGCUGAUGGCCUCGAAGUCGACAUGAAGAGACUACUACAGGCCAAGCGAGGCACCCCGGAGGAAAUUGCUCUUCUAGUGCAUGAGAUGUGUGCAGCUGUUGGUUUGCAUACAGAAAUCAUCCGAGGAUUCCUCAAGUGCCCUGGCGAUGUUCUUGAUCUCGAAAGCCUCUCCCGUCCCAAUCACUGGUGGAACGCAGUCCUUGUCGACGGCGAAUGGCGCUUCAUUGAUUCCGCGCUGGCUAACCCCACAAAUCCCCAGCGGAGCCGUUUUGUCUCUAACAACUCCGCCGUGGCAGAGAGCUGGUACUUCCUGACACGCCCGCUCGACCUUUGCUAUACCCACGUCCCGCUCUACCCAGAAGAACAGCACAUUUGCCCACCAAUCUCACCUGACGUCCUCCUCGCUCUGCCCUCUGUCUGCCCGCAAUAUUUCAAAAUGGGUGUUCAGCUACCAGACUAUGACACGAGCUUACUUCGCAUAGAAGGCUUAGAAGUAAUGCAGCUACGGCUUUUGGUCCCUACAGACGUGGAGUGUGCUGCGGAAGUUGAAGCUCCAGCUUUCGCUCGCGACGCAGAUGGUGACUUCUUUGAAAGCGGAGACGUCGUACGCAAGCGUGCUCUCGUCCAGCCAGAUUGGAUCCACGGCCAAAAACGUAUCACCAUCAAGGCCGUCCUCCCCGGAGAUGAGGGACAGGGUGUGUUGAAAGUUUACGCAGGAAAGAAGGGUCUGAUGCACUCAAGCAAAGACAUUCCCCAUCCCCUGGCUUUCGCUCUCCCAAUGACCCACACUGGAGAGAACCCGUCGUACGACUUCGUCCUGCGCCACCCAACACCACAUGCUCAGCGUCACGACUUGUACAUUAUGCAACCGCAAUGCUCUCGUCUAGCAGUCAACAACACCUUCGUCUUCGCCGUGCGCCAGCAUCCAUCAUCUGCAACACCAGCCAAGGACGAACCAUCCUCCAACGGCCGUGGCUCGCCAUCAUCCGUCUUCACCCGUCCAUCUAGCGCAUUGAGCAUGGUCUCCAGCAAUGCAGGUGGCUCCACUGUUUCGGGCGCUUCAUAUGAGUUCUCGGCAUCAACUUCUGCAAUCUCAUCCACAAAGUCUGCCUCUGGACGGGACAAGCCUGCUAAACUCGCCAUUCAAUCUCCCUCCGGCAAGAUCCUCCGUCUUACUCGGAAGGCAGAGCAUAUGAUCAGCAGCGAUAGUGGCACCGAAUCGGUCACCCAUGCCGCCGCUGAAGGAAGCGUGUGGGAAACAGUUAUCAAAAUCGGGGAACGGGGUAUGUGGCGUGGUCUGGUGCUCGCUGACCGCGCCGCGCGGUGGUGUGUAUUCUGCGAGUGGGAAUGUGUUUAA